GUACCAGGCCUUAUAGGUGGUACUGAUGACCAGGCACUGGUGAAGUUGCACUGCUAUGCGGCACUGAUAGACGGCACUGAUAAAGUUGCACUGAUAGGCGGCACUUAUGGGUGGCACUGGGUGGCAUAGCGGAUGAACAGAACCCUGCAUGAAUAUUAUAGCGGAUGGACAGAACCCUGAGUGAAUAUUACAGUGGACGGACAGAACCCUGAGUGAAUAGUAUAGUGGAUGGACAGAACCCUGAGUGAAUAGUAUAGUGGAUGGACAGAACCCUGAGUGAAUAUUACAGUGGACGGACAGAACCCUGAGUGAAUAUUACAGUGGACGGACAGAACCCUGAGUGAAUAUUACAGUGGAUGGACAGAACCAAGUGAAUAUUAUAGUGGAUGGACAGAACCCUGCAUGAAAAUUACAGUGGACGGACAGAACCCUGAGUGAAUAUUACAGCGGACGGACAGAACCCUGCGUGAAUAUUACAGUGGACGGACAGAACCCUGAGUGAAUAUUACAGCGGACGGACAGAACCCUGCGUGAAUAUUACAGUGGAAGGACAGAACCCUGAGUGAAUAUUACAGUGGACAGACAGAACCCUGCAUGAAUAUUACAGUGGACGGACAGAACCCUGAGUGAAUAUUACAGUGGACGGACAGAACCCUGAGUGAAUAUUACAGCGGACGGACAGAACCCUGAGUGAAUAUUACAGUGGAAGGACAGAACCCUGAGUGAAUAUUACAGUGGACGGACAGAACCCUGAGUGAAUAUUACAGUGGACGGACAGAACCCUGCAUGAAUAUUACAGUGGACGGACAGAACCCUGAGUGAAUAUUACAGUGGAUGGACAGAACCCUGAGUGAAUAUUACAGUGGACGGACAGAACCCUGAGUGAAUAUUAUAGCAGACAAACAGAACCCUGCAUGAAUAUUACAGUGGAUGGACAGAACCCUGAGUGAAUAUUACAGUGGACGGACAGAACCCUGAGUGAAUAUUAUAGCAGACGGACAGAACCCUGCAUGAAUAUUACAGUGGACGGACAGAACCCUGAGUGAAUAUUACAGUGGACGGACAGAACCCUGCAUGAAUAUUACAGUGGACGGACAGAACCCUGAGUGAAUAUUACAGUGGACGGACAGAACCCUGAGUGAAUAUUACAGUGGAUGGACAGAACCCUGAGUGAAUAUUACAGUGGACGGACAGAACCCUGAGUGAAUAUUAUAGCAGACAAACAGAACCCUGCAUGAAUAUUACAGUGGAUGGACAGAACCCUGAGUGAAUAUUAUAGCAGACAAACAGAACCCUGCAUGAAUAUUACAGUGGAUGGACAGAACCCUGAGUGAAUAUUAUAGCAGACGGACAGAACCCUGCAUGAAUAUUACAGUGGACGGACAGAACCCUGAGUGAAUAUUACAGUGGACGGACAGAACCCUGAGUGAAUAUUACAGUGGACGGACAGAACCCUGAGUGAAUAUUAUAGCAGACAAACAGAACCCUGCAUGAAUAUUACAGUGAAUGGACAGAACCCUGCAUGAAUAUUAUAGCGGAUGGACAGAACCCUGAGUGAAUAUUACAGUGGAUGGACAGAACCCUGAGUGAAUAUUAUAGCGGACGGACAGAACCCUGAGUGAAUAUUACAGUGGACGGACAGAACCCUGAGUGAAUAUUAUAGCAGACAAACAGAACCCUGCAUGAAUAUUACAGUGGAUGGACAGAACCCUGAGUGAAUAUUACAGUGGACGGACAGAACCCUGAGUGAAUAUUAUAGCAGACGGACAGAACCCUGCAUGAAUAUUACAGUGGACGGACAGAACCCUGAGUGAAUAUUACAGUGGACGGACAGAACCCUGCAUGAAUAUUACAGUGGACGGACAGAACCCUGAGUGAAUAUUACAGUGGACGGACAGAACCCUGAGUGAAUAUUACAGUGGAUGGACAGAACCCUGAGUGAAUAUUACAGUGGACGGACAGAACCCUGAGUGAAUAUUAUAGCAGACAAACAGAACCCUGCAUGAAUAUUACAGUGGAUGGACAGAACCCUGAGUGAAUAUUAUAGCAGACGGACAGAACCCUGAGUGAAUAUUACAGUGAAUGGACAGAACCCUGCAUGAAUAUUACAGUGAAUGGACAGAACCCUGCAUGAAUAUUAUAGCGGAUGGACAGAACCCUGAGUGAAUAUUACAGUGGAUGGACAGAACCCUGAGUGAAUAUUAUAGCGGACGGACAGAACCCUGAGUGAAUAUUACAGUGGAUGGACAGAACCCUGAGUGAAUAUUACAGUGGAUGGACAGAACCCUGAGUGAAUAUUACAGUGGAUGGACAGAACCCUGAGUGAAUAUUAUAGCGGACGGACAGAACCCUGAGUGAAUAUUAUAGCGGACGGACAGAACCCUGAGUAAAUAUUAUAGCGGACAGACAGAACUCUGAGUGAAUAUUACAGUGUAUGGACAGAACCCUGAGUGAAUAUUACAGUGUAUGGACAGAACCCUGACUGAAUAUUACAGUGGACAGACAGAAGAACCCUGAGUGAAUAUUAUAGUGGACAGACAGAACCCUGAGUGAAUAUUAUAGUGGACAGACAGGAUGGGUGUGGAGUAUUAGGAGGAUGAGGUAGAAAGCUGCUGUGCAGGGUACACCCUGAGUUCACAGGCUUAUUAGUGGUGUGUAUGAAGGAGAGGAGUCAGUCAGUCAGAGGAGCUUCUAUUCUCUGCCUCCUCCUCCUCCUCCUCCCGCACACACAGCCUGGCUAUGGCACUAUAUGCUGAUAACUUUCCUCCUCACAACUAAACUUUCCUGACUGAAGGACCAGGAGGGGGCGGCACCCCGAAGCCUCCUCCUUUGUCUGUUGUAGGGCGGUCGGCUGGCUGCCAGAGUGGGAUGAUUUGAAGUCUCCGGAAAUGAUGAAAAUAAGGAUAGAAAACGAGAAAAGAAGAUUGAAGUGAGUGCCUGCUGGAGAUUCGUCUUUGGUUAAAUUUGUAUUUCUUGUGGAGAGACCUGGCAGAUGUCCCAAGUGAAAGAACCUUUUCCUCCAGGGCCUGUAGGGCCUGAACAUGAUGCUUCAGCCGAAGACAGCCUCUUGAUCUCUCUCCCCUUGGAAAAAUGUGAAAAUGAAAAUUUGGAUGUGGAAGAUACAAAUCAAUCUUUCAAGAAUAAAGGUGUCCAGACAGAUCUAGACAUUGGUUCUGUUUUGGGGAAUAGAAGUGAUACCAUAAUUCAAUCCCAACCUCAGAGCUUGCCUCAGCCAAAUACUUCAGCACUGGAACAGAGCGAGGAAGAAACUGGCAAGAUAAAAAAUGGUCAUGUAGGUCUGAGUAAUAUCAAUGGAAUCCACAAUGGGGUCAAACAUGUUGCUGCAGAUCACAGAAAGUUAUCAGCUCCUGUUUCUCAAAAAAUGCACAGGAAGAUCCAAUCCAGUUUGUCUGUGAGCAGUGAUGGAAGUAAAAAAAGCAAAAUGAGCAGCUCCACAUAUUCUCAGAAACCCACCUCUUCACCAGAAGACUGCUGUGCUUCUUUGAUUUUGGCCUGUCUCUUCUGUCAGUGCACUGAGUUCAUCCUUGGCCCACAUCAGGUUUGCUCCUGUCUGCAUGAGGCCUGCAACUCCUGCUGUGGCUACUGUUCCAAUGUCUGUGUGGGCCUUGAGGAAAUUCCUGCUGAGGACCUCAACUACCACUUUGAUUGUGACUUUGCCCUUUUUGAUUCUUGCUGUGAGACAGCUGAGUGCCUGGAGAUCUGUUUUGAGUGUUCUGAACUCUGUGAAUAUAGUUAGCUGAAAGGAUGACCAAGGUCAAUGUUCAAUUGCUGUGUUCACUGUAUCUUAGCGUGCUUAUUCUGCGAAUUCCUGACACUCUGUAACAUUGUACUGGGACAAGCUUCUUGUGGA